UUGGCUCUUGUCCUGUAGUUUUUUGUUUUUUUUCUACUCCCUCUGUCUUUUAAAGCAGCGUCGCCUAUCGCAGAUCUUACCUCACGGCCAAACCCACCGGACGCACUGUUGGUGCAGAGUGAAAAGCGCUCAUCUCAUCAGUCCGCUGUGCAGAGGUCCCAGGAGCUAUCUGUCCUCCACCAUGACCGACCGCUUCGACUGCUACUACUGCCGUGACAACCUGCACGGGAAGAAGUACGUGAAGAAGGAUGAGAAGCACGUGUGCACCAAGUGCUUCGAUAAGCUCUGCGCCAACACCUGCGCCGAGUGCAGGCGCCCCAUUGGUGCCGACGCCAAGGAGCUGCACCAUAAGAACCGCUACUGGCAUGAGGACUGUUUCCGCUGUGCCAAGUGCUACAAGAAUCUGGCCGGUGAGCCGUUCAGCGCUCGGGAUGAUGGCAAGAUAAUGUGUGGCAAGUGUGGCUCCAGGGAGGAUGGAAACCGGUGCCAGGGCUGCUACAAGGUGGUCAUGCCAGGAACCCAGAACGUGGAGUACAAGAACAAGGUGUGGCACGAGGAAUGCUUCACCUGCUUUGAAUGCAAGCAGCCAAUCGGCACACGGAGUUUCCUGACCAAGGGAGAUGACACCUACUGCGCUCCGUGCCAUGACAAGAAGUUUGCCAAGAAGUGCUUCCACUGCAAGCAGCCCAUCAGCUCCGGAGGGAUCAGCUACCAGGACCAGCCCUGGCACUCCGAGUGCUUUGUGUGCAACACCUGCCACAAGCCUCUGGCGGGAGCUCGAUUCACUUCCCAUGAGAACAACGUCUACUGCGUGGACUGCUACAAGACCGACGUGGCCAAGAAGUGCCACGGCUGCAAGAACCCGAUCACAGGAUUUGGCCAUGGCACCAAUGUGGUGAACUACGAGGGAUUGUCCUGGCAUGAAUAUUGCUUCAAUUGCAAGAAGUGCUCCCUGUCACUGGCCAACAAGCGCUUCGUCAUCAGCGGAGAUCACAUCUACUGCCCUGACUGCGCUAAGAAGGUGUAAACUGCAGCUGUGCAGGGGAUCAUUGUUUAAAGUGGAAUUACACCAAAACUGACUCUAAGACCGUUACUCUGAAAAACGUAGCAGCUCAAAGUAACACAGAAACCAACACAGAAAACAGUCAGUUUUUGGUGAACUUUCUCUUUAAAAGAUUGGCAGACUUGAGGUUGUUUUACCUGAAUAUGCUUUCAGUCAUUUAUCUGCAUAAUACGUCAGUGCAUCCUGUUUCACGGUUCAGUGCAUCGGUGGGUGGAUAGCAACGCGGCAGCAGAAUCUGUGAUGUAAUCGAGGCUUCCGUGAGCCGUGAAUCUUUUCAGUGCCUUACUGGAAACUUUUCAAGAACAAAAAAGGAAAGAAAGAAAUGCUUUUUACAUGCCUGCUGCUUCUCAUACAUACCAGCUUUGAUUAGUAAUCUCUUACAUCUCUGAAUGUUUGAAGGGGUUAUGAAGAUUUCAUAACAGUUUAGCAUGAAUUCAAAAUACAGAGUAGGGUUUGAGAGUGACGCUGAAAUGUAAACUCUUCAUGUAUUCCAAGUAUUUUGAGUGAAGUUCAAUGGAAUAAACAGAAGUGAAAUUAAA